UUGUAAACCUUUUUAGGACAAAGUCUUAUGUAAUGGCGAAUGAAACCGAAGGUAUCCCGCGGCUGAAGUUGGAGGCUGCAAUUGGUUUCAACGGAUACAUUCCUUUUGGCCUGUGGGUUCAUCCAGACCAGGAGCACCUGAUCUAUCCUCUGGGGUCCACAGUGAUUCUGAAGAAGAUUGCAGAUGGCAAACAGGAGUUCCUGCUCGGACACACGAACAACGUUUCCUGCAUUUCUGUGUCUAAAAGUGGAACAUUCAUCGCCUCAGGCCAAGUCAACUUUAUGGGCUUUAUGGCACCAGUGAUUAUCUGGAACUACGAGCAAAGAACAAUCUAUGCCCAGCUGGAUCUGCACAAAGCUAAGGUGGAAGCAAUUGCAUUCUCUCCCAGUGACAAGUACCUGGUGUCGUUAGGAGGUCAGGAUGACGGCAGUGUGGUCGUGUGGAAUAUCGAGACGAAGCAGCCCGUCUCUAGGAGCCCAGCUUCAGCCUCCGGUCACUGCCUCACAGUGCAAUACUCCAACACCAACGACAACAUAUUUGUUUCAGCUGGGAGCGGAAAUGUGCAAGUCUGGGAAUUGGACGUCAUGAACAGAAAGACCAGUCCUACAGUGUGUUACACCGGGAAAUUAAGGAGGAUUGUGAAAUGUGUUCAGAUUUCUGAAGAUGAUGAGUUCAUCUUCUGUGGCACUACCACUGGAGACAUCCUGAAAAUCUGCCUAAAGACAGCAAAGCUGAACCACUGUGGUCCAGAUAAAACAAAGUUCAGCGGUGACAUCAAUGUUCUCAGAAUGCUCAAAUCUGGAGACCUGCUUGUGGGCACUGGAUCUGGCACCUUAGCUCUGUGCUCCAGUUCUAACUUCAAAACCCUCCAGAAACUUCAGCUGGAAAAGGAGGUGACCUCCAUCACAGGAAGAGAGGACGGCCAGCUGUUCUUUAUUGGCACGGAGGCCGCUCAGAUGCACCGCUUCAAUUUAAAGGAUUUCCAAACUGAACUCAUCUCCACCAGCCACCGCUCCGCUGUCAAGGACAUCUCCAUCCCCACCAAAACAUGUGAACUGUUUGCAACAUGUUCUGAGGAGGACAUCAGACUGUGGGACGUACAAAAGCAAAAAGAGGUGCUGCGUAUCACUGUGCCCAACAUGACCUGCAAUGCCCUGCACAUCAUGACUGAUGGACACAGCUUCAUCAGCGGGUGGAAUGAUGGUAACAUUCGCAUGUUCACACCGAAAACUGGCCAGCUGAUGCUCACGAUUGAAAACGCUCACAAAAUGGGUGUGACCGCCAUCGCUGGCACCAGCGACAGCAGGAGGAUUGUGAGUGGAGGAGGAGAGGGACAGGUGCACGUUUGGCAGCUGCUGCCUCACGGCCAUCGUCUGCUGCAGAUCAUGAAGGUGCACAAAGCCACCGUCUCGUGCAUCAAAAUCAAGAGUGACGACAAGCAGUGUGUGACAGCCAGCAGUGACGGGACCUGCGUCAUCUGGGACUUAGUGCAAUUUGUGAGCCUUAGGAUGAUAGUCGCCAACACACAUUUCCAGACCGUGUGCUAUCAUCCAGAGGAAUACCAGAUAAUCACCAGCGGCACAGACAGAAAGGUUGCUUACUGGGAAGUGUACGAAGGCGGUGCUAUCAGAGAACUGGAGGGCUCCCAGUCUGGAUGCGUCAAUGCCAUGCACAUCACACAGGACGGCAGGCACUUUGUGACAGGUGGAGAUGACAAACUGGUGAAGGUGUGGGACUACAUGGGAGGUGAGGUGACCCAUGUAGGCAUCGCUCACGGCAGCAGCAUCACCAGCAUGAAGAUCUGCGCCCACAACCGCAUCCUGGUCAGCGCCAGCGCAGACGGAGGCAUCAUGCGCUGGGCGUUCCCUCACCCACCCUCCGUUUAAACAAAUCUGUUCAAUAUUUUAGCUUUUCUUCUCUCAUAUACUCUUUUAGGAAAAUGUUGCUAUGUGAAUUCAAACUGUUUUUUUCAGAAUAAAUUGACACUGUGAGGAGAUACAUUUAAAUAAGCAGCAGUUGCUGCAUUAAGUUAAACAGUAUUACUGAUUGUAAACUUCUUUGAGUACAUUUUAAUGGAGAUGCUUGCCUGACAUCUACCCACUGGUCUACUCGUAAAACCCAGCUGACCCAUUCAAAUGUUUAUAACAGUUGGCAAAUCUCAAAAUGGAUGGUUGUACUCUGUUUAUUUUAAUAAAACGUUAAAAAAGUUUAAUUGUAUAAAAUUAUUUCUUUAGCUUUUGAGUGUCUCCAGGAUCGGAACAAGUUUGGAGACAUAAGGACUCAAACUGCCAGUCUGAGUAAGCAAAAGUUUGUUGACUUUCAGCUGAGCUUCAUAAACAAUUUGGCAGAAAUUGACAAGUGGAGAGAUGAGCAUCUUGGCACUUCUCUAUCAAAUCUUUAAGGUGAUGUAGUGGAAYAUAAAAAUCCUUGUAAGCUUAGACUUUGCUAAAAUUAAUGUGCAGGUUUCA